AUGGAGGCAAAUCGAUCGCAACCUUCACGAAAGUUGGAACAACUCCCGCCGAGUUACUUCAGUCGAUAUGGUCAAGUACGCAGUGUAAAUAUGUUCUUUGUGAGUAUUUACGCUUUUACGCAUCUUGAUGCUGAAACGGGUCUGCAUCGCGGUUUUGCUUCUGUGACAUUUGAGCAUCCAGAAAGUGCUACUCGAGCAAUGCAACAGCGACCGCAUGUCAUUGAUGGCGAUAGAGUUGACUUGGAACCAUUCAUCCCUAUGUUGUCGAAGAAGAAGGAUAUUAUAUUGUAG